UUGAUGUGAGUCGGUGUGAGCCAGGUGCAGGCCAGGUGUGAGCGCCGCACUAGCCAUGUGUGUUGAGUUGCCUGCAAAUAAUUAAAGAAUCGUUCGUCCUAACUACUCAGCGCGGUUAAAGAUGACAUCCAAAGGAUUAAUUCACACUUCACUGGAACGAUUUCAUGGAAAAAUUCAACGGUUCGAGCACAACUGUGUUGAACUGUCUGAGAGCUCAUGCAAAUUUGCAUUGGUUCCUUGGUCUGAUAAGUUUACGUCUGUGUGUGAGAUUGCCACGGACCCGUUGCUUCAUCCAAAAUAUUGCCGCUGUGAUAGGACAGUUUUCGACAUUUCUUCUGUCCAAGUUGGAAAGUAUGGACUGCCAAUGCAGCUGCCCGAAAAACAACUCUCUGGAAACAUUGACAUUGGUCAAAUUAAAUUAUUAGAUCAGUGCAAUAAAACCGUUGCAAAUGCCAAAGUGACUGUAAUUUUUGACACUGUCGAAAAUGCUUCUGUUUGGAACUCACAAAUACCAACAUUCGAAAGAGUUUUGAGUUCUGUGCUCAGCAAAAAUUUGUUCUUAGUGACGCAGCGGUGCCUCGUAGAUUUAGACGGCUUAGAUUUGCAACACAUAAAAUACCUCGUUUUUAAUUGUAACAAGUUGAACGGCUGUCUCGGCAGGAUUCGCAAAAGCACCAAAAUUGUAGUUCAAAAUGUGAUUGAUUUUCAAUCGUAUGAAAGAAUGCUUUCGAUCAAGGAUUACAAACUUGCUCUUGGACUUUCUACGCCAUUUGAAAAGCUCAACGGACUGGUCCAGGGAUUUGUGGAGGGGAAGCAUAAAUUGAACAAAGUGCUGGUGUCAGGACCAUCUGGCUGUGGAAAAACCGUCCUCGUCGAACAAGUGUGCCAAAGGAACAACCUGAGUACAAUCUUUGUGUCUGGAGGAACCUUUGCUGAGUCUAAGCCAGGAGAGGCUGAAAGGAAAAUGAGAGCCCAUUUUGAAACUGUGAAGAAACUAAAUAGAGGUGCCGUGAUCAUUGACCACAUUGAAGCAAUCUGCCCGAAAAUCAACGACUCUACUCCAAGCCACUCACGAAGAAUGGUCAUGCAAAUGGCUUCUUUGCUGGAGCAGGAAGAAUUUUCUUCUCUUUUGGUCAUCGCAGUGACUGCUAAACCAACAAACAUAGACCCUUCAAUCCUCAGAGCUGGCAGAGUAGAAACUGAAAUUUGCAUCGGACCGCCCUCUGAAGCAGAAAGAAAAAUCAUGUUGAAGAGCUUAUUAGCACCUUUCAUGGAGGACCAAAAAUUACUGGAUCUGCUCUCCUCGGAAGGGUCAAAAUUGACGCCGGGAUAUAUUUUAGCCGACUUGUGCUCGUUGUCCCAAAAGACAGGUCUUAGGAUCUUCAGGAAACAGAAAGGAACAACAGAGGUGGACUUUUUAGCUGAGCUCAGGGCGGUUGUAGCAGGAAUGAGACCAGCUUCCCUCAGAGGGGGCUUGGGAGUCGUGACGACAGAGCCAAUGACCAUGGAGCGCAUUGGUGGCUUGAAAGAAAUCAAAACGAAACUCAAGAUGCUCAUUGAAUGGCCUCUGUGUCACCCAGAGGCCUUCCAAAGGAUGGGAAUCCCUAGACCGAAAGGAGUUCUGCUCUUUGGCCCUCCGGGUUGUGCCAAAACCUCUAUGGUGAAAGCUAUUGCCUCGAUGACGGGCAAAUCAUUCAUGGCCGUGUCAGCUGCUGAAUUGUACUCAUCACUUGUGGGCGAAUCUGAGAAGAGCAUCGCAGCUCUCUUCCGAAGAGCCAGGUCUGCUGCCCCAUCUGUGCUCUUUAUUGACGAAAUUGAUGCUCUGGUUGGACACAGAGGCCAUGGACAGAUUCAGAAUGGCGUGCAAGAAAGAGUUUUGGCCACCGUGCUGGUGGAAAUGGAUGGCUUGAUUGCGCCGUCGACAGAAGGCGGAGUGCUGGUGGUGGCAGCCACCAACAGACCCGACCUCGUUGACGCUGCUCUCUUGCGUCCUGGCCGCUUUGAUCACGUGUUACACGUGCCAGCACCAGACUUGGACAGCAGGAAAAUGAUUUUGGAAACUGUGACGUCUCAAAUGGCCGUGGCUAGUGAUUUGGAAUUAAAAUUCAUCGCUGCAAACACAGCGCUCUUCUCUGGAGCUGAUCUUCAAAACUUGUGCCAAGAGGCUGCCCUCUACGCUCUGACGACAGAUGGGAUGGAUGUGCCUGCAGUUAGAAAUGAACACUUUGUCCAUGUUUUGAAAAACAUGAAACCGUCGCUGUCAACCAAAUGGUUGGAAUGGUACAAGAAUUACAAACCAGACAAAGACAGUUUUUAA